GAAAAUUCAUCUCAAUUCAUUUCAUUACGCCACCUUUCCAAAUGAAAUCAGGCUAAAUCAGCGCGCGAUCUCGCCAGGUUGCGGCUUAAAAAGAAAUUUAAUCUGCUAAUAAACAUGCAAACAAGAACGCACCGGCUACCUGUUGCAAGCGCCCGAGCCGCGCCGCGUCUCCGCCAAUCAGCGCCCAGCGGCCGCCCAUGCUGCCCUCCCAUUGGUCGCAUGUUAGAGGGGGCUAACGCAAGGGGGGAAGCAAGGCCGAGGUCUUGUCGUUUUAAACAUGACACUGGCAAGAAAAGCACCGCAUUGAGCUUUCGGGAGCUUUUCACGCGUCCGCGAAAAACAAAUGAGUUUCGAAAAUUCAAAAUAAUGUGUAUGUGAUUCGGAAUUUGAAUUUUAACGUUCGAAAAUGUCGUUGGGUAAGCAGCCCGCUGAGCAUAUAAAGAGGCCUAUGAACGCUUUUAUGGUGUGGUCGCGGGGACAGCGGAGGAAGAUGGCCCAGGACAACCCGAAGAUGCAUAACUCGGAGAUUUCGAAGCGGCUUGGGGCUGAAUGGAAACUGCUCACGGAGAUGGAGAAGCGGCCGUUUAUAGAUGAAGCGAAGCGGUUGAGAGCCCUCCACAUGAAAGAGCACCCCGACUACAAAUACCGUCCACGCCGAAAACCCAAAGCGCUCGUCAAGAAGGAGCCGAAAUUCGGGUUCAACAUCAGCGGGCUGAUGGCGCCGGUGCCGCGGCUGCUGCCACCGCCGCUACCCAUGCAGUUGGACAAGCCUGAGCUAAGCCGCGCGCUGUUCCCGCCGCUUUACCCUUUCUACCCGUUCAAGCUGCCACCUGAGGAUGGGAAGCUGGCGGCGGAGCUUGCGCAUUUGCAGGUAAUGUCUGUAUGUGGAACUUUUCUUUUUUCUACACUCAAUGCCCUUUAUGGCGGCGCCCUCUACGGCAGCUCGCUAUACAGCAGCUCAUUGUCCCCCUGCGGCUGCCCCCCGCGCCACACGCCCUCGCCCCCCGCGGAUGUCAAGCGGCCUGUGGCCUACGUCCUCAUGAAGGUGCACUCCCUGUCUCCGCAUCGCACGCCCUCGCCCCCCGCGGAUGUCAAGCGGCCUGUGGCCUACGUGCUCAUGAAGGUGCAGUAUACAUAUAGCUUAAAAAUCUGUCCUACUCUACAGCUCCCUGUCCCCGCGUCGCACGCCCUCGCCCCCGCGGAUGUCAAGCGGCAUGUGGCCUACGUGCUCAUGAAGGUACACUCCCUGUCCCCGCGUCGCACGCCCUCGCCCCCCGCGGAUGUCAAGCGGCUUGUGGCCUACGUGCUCAUGAAGGUGCAGUAUACAUAUAGCUUAAAAAUCUGUCCCACUCUACAGCUCCCUGUCCCCGCGUCGCACGCCCUCGCCCCCCGUGGACGUUAA